AUGGCAGUUCACAUCGAGCCAGCCCAAUUCCCAGCCGACACCACUGCAAUUCAUUCACUCUUUUCUGGUUAUGCGGCAUCACUAGGGAUCGACCUUACCUUCCAAUCUUUCGAGGACGAGCUCAACUCAUUGCCCGGAAAAUAUGCCAUCGCACAAGGAGGAGCGCUGCUGAUUGCGCGAGCCCAAAGUCACGACACACCCAUGGGGCCAAAGCCAGAAACUUCAGCUGGUCCCUUGACAACACCUCAAAUUGAAUCUGUUGUCGGCUGCGUCGGGUUGCGACGCAAUGAUGGGCACUGGUGUGAAAUGAAACGUCUAUAUGUGAUUCCAGAGACCCGCGGGUUAAGGCUUGGUGAUAGACUAGUCGAGGCUAUUCUUGUUCAAGCGAAAGCCCUGGGUUACCGGGGUAUUCGACUAGAUACUCUGCCGGAUAUGGUGGCUGCACAGCGACUAUACAGGCGACAUGGUUUUGUGGAAAUUGAGCCAUACUAUGACACCCCUGUGAAGGGGACGAUAUUCAUGGGGUGUGAUUUGACGAAAUAA